GGAUCAGGUGAUAGUUGCAUGGAAGACCCAGACCAGGACAAAAACGUAACGCUUGUGAACUCCACCUUCUCCCAGAAUUUAGUCUGUUACCUGACCACAAUUGUCAGUAUGGUACUAAUAUUACUCCCAAUCUUUGGAUACAGGGGGCAGGUGGAAAAUAAGACUAUGGUCCAAAAGUCAACCACUGGUAGCUUUAUCACUCCAAAGGCAAACCGGGAUGUCUAAUGAAUGUGAAUUAUCUGAGGAGGAGAAAACAAAUGUCAUCUGCAGCUUGCUUCAACAGGCUCCCCCAGGCGAAUACAGGAAUGUUUUUGAAGACCUCCACAUUCUGGCUCAUGACGAUCAUCUCAUGAGGUACAAGGCUGCUCAGGUGUGUGCCAAUCACACCAGGAAAAACUUCACAGCUGUGCGUGUAAAAGGGGAGAAUGCUCUCGUGACUCGCUACAACGAUCUUGGAGGAAACCGCUUCUUUGAUCCACAGAUCAAACUUUCCUUCAGGUUUGAUCACCUGACCAAAAGAGUUGAUAAAGUUUUGUUUUAUCACAGCGUCAGGAAAGACCGUGCAGAGUUAUGGAGGGAAACACUCAACAUCAUUCUGGAGUCCUACAUGAGGAGACACUUCCUUUCAGGAGACUGCCGUGUCUACAAAAAAAUGAUCAGGAGCAACCCCUUCUUUGUGGUCUGCCUUGAAGCCCAUCGGCACGACGAUAUCUGCAAUGCCGUUUGGAAAUCUGAGUGGACUAUCGCUUUCGCACCACCAACAGUACAGGUCGCAGGGAAAAUUGAUCUGCAGGCGCACUAUUUCAAAAAAGCUAACCUCCACUGGACAGCAAGCAAAGAUGUUAGAGAGUCCAUAUACAUAACUGGCCGUGUCCAGUUUGCUAUAGAGUUUGUGAAAUUAGUUGAAGCCGAAGAGAGCAAAUUCCAGACUGAUUUGGUGGAAAGGCUCCAGAAGUUGUCGGAUAAAAUAUGGAGAGCACUGCGCAGACCGCUCCCAGUCACUCGUACUGUCAUCAACUGGGAUAAACUGCUGACUAGUUAGAGGAGAGAGGUGAAGGCAUCCUGAAGUGAUGUCCCAUUAUGCUUGCCGAAGUGUCUUGUGUGAAUGAAAUAUUGGCCAAAUAAAACAACAAUCGCUGAGUACA